ACACACACACAGGUUUUUACAUACACGGGGUUUGAAAGCAAGCCACAUAUUUAAACAUUCCACAUGUUUUUAUUAGGCUUUUCUCUCUGUUUUGACCCUGUGCUCACACAAUAUUUAAACAUUGUUCUCCCAAUUCCUGGUAAUCAGGCGAGGUAUGGUCCCUUUGAUGAUCGGGCUCGAAAAGACUUACAAGUUCAAACUGAUGUGCUUUCCGUAUUUAAGAUUUUGAGUUUAUGGUACUUUGUACCAUAAGUUUGUCUCUGAGUUUGUUGAAAGUGAAAUAAUAUGCAAACCCAUUUCUGUAGCGCAAGUUAAAAGUCAAAUGUUUGCUAAUUAAAAAUUCAGAAAGUUAAACAGAAUGUAAGCUGAAUGUAUUAUUGGGUAAUUAGUCUGCAUUAUUAGUUUAUCACUGGGUAAGUGAAAUGUGUUGAGUGUAAAAAUCUGCCAAAUGAAAUGUGUGGCGCUAACCACUGUGGUGACCCCUUGUGGUAAAGGAGAAGCUGAAAAUAGCUUAUAGAUUUUAAAAUUCACAUUUGAAGCCAAGUUAAAGAGUCACAAAUGUUGAGCUAAAAUGAAAAGUAUGCAGUAUUUUCACUUUUUAACUUGUCUGGGCUUCCAUAGAUGAUGCUGUAGUGAAAGAGCAAUGAACGACUGAGCAUGCAGGUGGCGUUUGUGCACCAACUGUGAAGUCCUCACAGGUCCAUACUAGCAACUGAGUUGUAAAGGACUCCCUCUUUGCACCACCGGUGUCACCACUCAGAAAUAAUCUCAGCAUCGGUGCUGGUGUAGGAGUAGUAGAAGUCGAAAGCUGAUGCAGCUUUUGUGAUGUCACUUAUGGUACAGGCUGAUGUAUAGAGGGCAAAGACAUUUCAUCGCUAUGUUAGGAGCUCGGAGAAGUAGAUUCUCCAACUGACUAACUUAAGUUGUCAUGUUGUUUCUUGUUUUGACUUCUAUUUCUGCUCCAGCGCUGAUGCUGCUGAUUUCCUUCUGAGUUGCAACACCUCACUCUGGAGAAGUAUGACUGUCUUCUCUCUAAGUGUGGAGGACGACUCGUCAGCACCGACAGACUCCACCUUCCCAGCGUUCCUCUCCUGUAAGGGAUGUGGUCAGCUUCUGGGAGACACACCUUUGGGGGCAGGCUUAGAUCUUGGUGUAGGACUCGACCUAGGGGCAGAGCUUUAUUGUCUCUCCUGUGAGGAGGGCCUCCAGCAUGGCACCUCCAUCGACUCCUCUCAGUUGGACGGUUCCAACCUGUCCGAUAGAUCCCUCGGCGGCAGCUCCGAAAGGAAGAGGAGAAACGUAGACAAAGCCAGCGGUGUUGCGGACCCCGCCCCUAAACUGUACUCCUGUUCGCUGUGCACCUUUACCUCGCGCUACUCCAACCAUCUCAAACGCCACAUGCGGACCCAUGACGGCCAGAAGCCGUACCGCUGCCCCGUCUGCCCCUACGCCUCAGCCCAGCUCGUCAACCUGCAGCGCCACGCCCGCACACACACCGGGGAGAAACCGUACAGGUGCCACCAGUGCAGCUACGCCUGCAGCUCCCUCGGCAACCUGCGCAGACACCAGCGCAUGCACACGCAGGAGAGACCGCAGAGGAGGGAGAAGGAGAAAAGACGGGGAAGACGGAAAAAGGCAAAUGGUGAUGCUGAAGAAGUCAUGUCAGACCUGACCCUGCGAGUGUCCCAGGACUCUGCUUACCUCCAGACGUUGGGAGGACUCGGCUCCCCCUCCGGCCCCCUUCCAGUCCUCCUCUUCCCGCUCUGCUGCCGGGUGUGCGGCCUCACCCUGGAGGAGUCUGACCUAGAGGGCGACAAGGCAGAGGGAGAGGUGGAAGGCGAUGGAGGACAGGUUUGCCGCCGUUGCUCCAAAGACAACUCAAGGGCUCCCUGCAGCAGGGACGUGUCUCGGGGAUCCCGGCGCGUUCAGCGCAGCAACAAGCUGUACCGCUGCCCUCACUGCCCCUUCCUGUCCCACUACCCCAACCAUCUGGCCCGCCACUCCCACGUCCACUCAGAGGAGAAGCCUCACCGCUGCCCGCACUGCCCCUACACCUCCUCACAUCUCGACAACCUCAAGCGGCACCUGCGUGUGCACACAGGCGAGAAGCCUUACCAGUGCCCGUCGUGCAGCUACGCCUGCGGGAACUUGGCUAACCUGCGACGUCACGAGCGCAUCCACUCGGGCGCCAAGCCGUUCCACUGUUCCAUCUGCGGCUACUCCUGCAACCAGAGCAUGAACCUGAAGAGGCAUAUGCUGCGGCACACGGGCGAGAAGCCGUACGCAUGCGGCGAGUGCGGCUACACCACGGGCCACUGGGACAACUACAAACGCCACCAGAGGAAGCAUGGGCACAACACGGACAGCUGGGACAAACACGCGCCCAUCAACGGCCUCGGCUGGGGGCAAGAUACUCAGGAGAGCCAAAGUCAGGGACAGGAGCACUCUUAGAUACUGUGUGUGUGUGCGUGUGUGUGAGGGAGACAAAAAAUGACUGCAGCGGUUAGUCGAUCGACAAAAAACCCAGUAUCAUUAUUAUAAUAAGUUCAGGGUUUUAGAGUCCACCUUCUCCAGUGUGAGCUUCUGAUUGUUUAUAAAAUCAAAUUUUAAAAAUAUUUAGCCUCUUAUAAAGACACAUGCUUUAUGUAAAAGUUAGGCGUGGCCAUGGUGAUGUCACUUUUGUGAUGCUUAAAGCUGAGCAGUUUGACUUACCAGUUAAGUUGCCUGCUGCAAGCUACUAGAAAUAUUGCAGUUUAAGGCACUUCCACUUUGGCUUUGCUUGGCUGAUCCAGAGGUUAUGUCCAUCUUUUAUAUGCAUUCUGUGGCUGGAUGAAACAAGGUGAAAGUAAAUAAUCGUCUUGAUGGAGCGCAGUCCUGGUGUUUCUGUGGAUCACAGGAUUACUCUGUGUGCCCUGCAGGCCCUCGGAGUAAUUAAAGUGAUCGAGAUGAUAAACACAAAGAUACUUUAAAGAACCACAGAGAGAUGCAAAACCAUUAUUAAAAAGCACAAAAUGAGCAUGACAAGAUGCAAAACAACUGUAUAGAGAACUCCAAAGAGAUACAGAAAUAUCAGUGUGAUCUAUGUCUUUUUGUGACACCAAUAUGAAUAUGAACAUGACAAACUUUCUCAGGGAUCACCCACGCUAAACAUGUUCCCUCCAUGCUUACAGUCAGGAUCAGCAUCAUCACAGUUUUGCUCUUUAGUUAUUUACAGCUGCAAAUUAAAACCACACCAAUGCUGCAUCACCUGCAGACCAAGGCAGCUGAUUCUCACACAUCCAUUUGCUGACUGCUGUUUACUGAGGUGAAAACUCACUUCGUGUGUAGCAAGUUUGCAAUUUCUCGAGGUUUAAAAAAAUGCCAGCAGCUAUUUUUUUUAAAAAUUGUUUUGUUUUGUUGCUCAACUAAUCGCUGCGUCAUUAAUCAGGACAAACGCCGGCAGUGAAACUGGAGCAAAGCCACACUUUAAAAGUGAUUGUAACCCACAAACUACACAACAAUAUUUAACUCCUGCAGGGCAGUGUGAGCAUCAUGCUGGCUUUUUUUCCCCACCACACUGGCGCGACUGUAGGAAGACCCAGACAUGUGUUUGUGAGGACAGCGAAGCCUUUUCUCUUCAGGUAAAAGCCAGUAAAACACCCUCAUUAGUGUUUUUUCUUUUUUUAUUUAAUCGACAUGAGCUCUUGUCUGUAGCAGCCAUUAAUGGUGGCUGUUCCACAGAUUUCCUCUCUGCAUCAAAGACGUCGAGAGAGUCCAGGAACUCGUUUUCACACAUCUUGAAUGUAUUUGUCAGAAGCUCCUUCAAAGAAAGCAAACACAGUCUUGCACCCGGGCCAGUGUGUUAUCACAUCUAUUUAACAGAGCAAGGGAAAUAAGUGUGUGUGUGUGUGUGUGUGUGUGUGUGUGUGUGUGUGUGUGUGUGUGUACACUGGUGAGCUCGGGUUUGAGCUAAACUCAGGUGCCUUUAACAGACUGUAAUGCUGCACUGACUUUAUAAAGGGGCAUUUGUGUGUGUGUGUGUGUGUGUGUGUGUGUUAUACACAUGUAUACAGAGUUUUUAAUCAGUGACGGUGACACCAACAUGUUGCUCUAUUCUCAGAUGAAUGCAGUGAGAGGACGCAGGUCUUAUACCCAUGAACCGAAAGGUUUCAGGGGGAUUUCUCCACAGAUUAUCUUCUUUUUUCUUUUUUUUUCUCAGAGAGGGCGGAGCAACAUCUCACAAGCUUUAAGUGGGCCUAAUAAAGGAGUUGGGAGGGGGAGUGUAAGGAGAUGAGUGUAUGUAUCCUUGACCUUUUUAUUUUUUUUUGUGUGUGUUUGGUUCGCAUCAUUGCUCAGAUUUGGUUUUUCAGAUCUGUGCUGUCAUCUCCCAACACAUCUCCCUGGUUACUCAGACAUAUGUAUCCGUCCCAUCCACCUCCACCCGUCCUCCUCCCACCAAUACAUUGGACCUGAAGAAAAGGUGAUCAGGAGGCUCCAGAAGCUUGUGAUGUUAAAGAAACAGGGGUUAUAUGUUUGGUUGAAGCGUUUGGAAAUGUACUCCGAGUGGCUACCUCGUGCUGUAUCAGAAAGCAUUAAUUAAAAC